UCUAAUGCAGUAUGGCGGCAAUGGCGUCUGCAGAUAUACAAAUUGUAAAUAUACCAAAUUUAGCGAAAAUCGAAUCAUUUUUAAAUGAUACAGCUUAUCGAGAAUUGUUGGAAAAUAGUGAGAAUUAUAAUACGCGAUUGUGCAUAGAGCGUAGGCUACGAAUGCCGUUUUUAGAUCAACAAACUGGCGUCGCUCAAACUAAUUGUGCUUUGUUUAUGAAACGACGACAUCGUAUGCCUGGCAUCCGCGAAGGACAAAUUUAUACUUAUCCAGCCGCUAAAUGGCGUAAAUCAAAGCGACAGUACUUACUUCAUCAUCGUCCAUUCCGUAUGGUACGUGAACCGGAUGCAGACUCAAUACCGGGCUUGGACCGUUCAUCUUUUACGGGUGAUUCAGAAAGCAAAGACAGUAGCCAUCCUGAGCCAAAGGAGUGGUUUUACGAUGAUGAUGUUAUGCAUGAUGUUGUGGAUCCAUUUGAAGAUCGUGGAGAUUCAGAUUUUGAUUACGAUGAUAAUCAUUACAAGAAGAAGCGACGUUCGAGGAAACCACCAGGUGAUUUAGUGAAUCGACGUGGGAGAGGGCGCGGAAGAGGACGUCGGAACAACAAAGGUGGAGAUUGUGACACACCACGUUCAACGAAUAAAAGGCAUUCUGAAAAUAAGAAAAACUUUCUAUCGCCACUAAAUACAAACGAAGACAGUCAGACUAUGCUACCAUCUGAUCAGCUUUCACCCCAGCUUCAGCAUGAAUUUGCUCUAACUACUACCACUACUAUUACUCCUUCUACUACUACUACUACUACAAUGUCAGAAAAAAAUCCUAUUGCAGCUGCUAUCGAAAGAAGUAAUCAAAAUGAAGAAGAAGAACGUUUACGCAUCAUUCGUAAACCAAACGAUACGCGAAAUAAAGCACCACCAUCGCCCUAUUGUGACUUUUGUCUUGGAGACGCCCGCGAAAACCGAAAAACUAACGUUCCUGAAGAUUUGGUUUCGUGCUCAGAUUGUGGACGUUCCGGUCACCCAUCAUGCCUGCAAUUUACACCAAAUAUGAUCAUAUCCGUGAAGCGUUAUCGAUGGCAAUGUAUCGAAUGUAAAUAUUGUUCAAUCUGCGGCACAUCGGACAAUGACGACCAAUUGCUCUUCUGCGACGAUUGCGACAGAGGUUAUCAUAUGUACUGCUUGUCACCACCAUUGACAUCGCCACCUGAGGGACAGUGGAGCUGUAAUAUUUGCAACAAAGAGUUUCACAGUGGCAAGUGAAAGAGAUUUGUAAAAGAUAAUGAUAUUGAUAAUGGGACGACUUUUAAUAGGAGAACGAUAGUAUUGCAAAAUUAAUUCUAAAAUGCUCUCAUAUCGUGGUUAAUGGGAACUUUUUUUUUGAUAAAAAGCUCGACAUACAUAAAUGAGAUCAACAUUGACAUCAAAAUUGUUAUCAAGUAGAAACCCGCGUUUUCAUAGCGAUGCCAGAACGAUUUUCUUUGAUUUUGAUCUUCCAAAUAAUUAUAGUAUUAUUUGACAAACUAAAAAUUUCAUCUGAUUUUUCAAACAACCGAAAAGGUUGAAUAAAUAACGAAAAAAAAUUAAACGUGUGAUGUUUUUUUUUGAAUAAAAACUAUUCACAAGAAA